CGGUGUGUUGUGGACUCGUGGUGCUGGCUGCCGCUGUUGAGGCGGCCUGGAACGGGCUGUGGGGAGCGGGCGGAGCUGGCCCUGCUUCUGCCUGGCCAGCGCCGCAGGCGGCGCGGGCCGUGCCCGCUGCCGUCAACUGCCCGGAGCGUCUGCUGAGGCCGAGGGAGACGCCGGGGCCUGCACCUGGAGAGAGCCUGCCGUGCUGGCCCGGAGGAGGGGGCGUUGCCAUGGCGACAGCCUCUCCGGCAGCUGACGGGGGGCGGGGGCGGCCCUGGGAAGGAGGGCUGGUCUCCUGGCCCCCUGCCCCUCCCCUUUCGCUUCCCUGGACCUGGAUGGGCCCGAGCUGGGGGCAACACCCUGGGCAUUGGGGCUUUCCAGCUCUCACAGACCCUUCAGCAUCUCCAGCUGCCAGUCUUGGCAUCUUCGAAGUAAGGAGAGUUUUAGAUGCCUCUGGAUGUUCAAUGCUAGCACCUUUACAGACUGGAGCAGCUCGAUUUUCUUCAUAUUUACUUUCAAGAGCAAGAAAAGUGCUGGGCUCCCACUUAUUUUCUCCCUGUGGUGUUCCGGAGUUCUGUUCCAUAUCCACCAGAAAGCUGGCGGCCCACGGCUUUGGCGCGUCAAUGGCGGCAAUGGUGCCCUUCCCUCCCCAGAGGUAUCACUACUUUUUAGUGCUGGACUUUGAGGCCACAUGCGACAAGCCACAGAUUCAUCCUCAGAUUUUAGUAAAGCUUGUCCCGAAACUUCGAGCAUCAGCUCUCAUCUGUCAAAGUGUAAAUCAGCAAUUAAAACCCAAACAGCCAAAUGCCAAAGAUGACCCGAAGCACAAAGCAACUGACAAACAAGUCCGGACAAAUCGACGGGAAAUCAUUGAGUUCCCCAUCCUGAAGUUAAAUGGCCGAACCAUGGAAAUUGAGUCUACCUUUCACAUGUAUGUCCAGCCUGUAGUCCACCCACAGCUUACCCCCUUCUGUACAGAGCUCACCGGGAUCAUUCAAGCCAUGGUGGAUGGCCAGCCAAGCCUGCAGCAAGUGCUAGAGAGGGUCGAUGAGUGGAUGGCGAAGGAAGGCCUCUUAGAUCCAAACGUCAAGUCAAUCUUUGUUACCUGUGGAGACUGGGACUUGAAAGUCAUGCUUCCAGGCCAGUGCCAUUAUUUAGGCUUGCCAGUGGCGGAUUACUUCAAGCAGUGGAUUAAUCUUAAAAAGGCUUACAGCUUCGCCAUGGGCUGCUGGCCCAAGAAUGGACUACUAGACAUGAACAAGGGUCUCAGCCUGCAACACAUAGGCCGGCCCCACAGCGGCAUUGGUCAGUUCCUCCACAAAUCCCCCUGGCAGCUCGAUGACUGCAAGAACAUUGCCAACAUCAUGAAGACAUUGGCAUACCGAGGCUUCAUCUUCAAGCAGACAUCAAAGCCCUUCUGAUUGGCAGAGGAUAGGAUGGGGCAGGGCAGGGUAGCUGCUUGGCCCAAAUCAGAAUCCUCCUCUCCCUCACUAGAGGGAAAAGGGAGAGUGGCAUAACUCUGCACCCAGAGUGUCCCCCAGCUGCCCUACGGGCUUGUGCCCUGUAUGAGGGCUUGGCCACUUGGCCCCUCUGGAGCAGACACUUUGUGCCCCAACCCACUCCCAUUCCUCAGUCUCAGCCCAGUAUUAGCCCCUGCCAUUAUGGGCCUAGGCUAGGGGGAACCCAGGUACUCAACUGCCUUCUCCCUGGUACACAGGCUUCUGCUGGGGGCCACCAAGCCCUUCCUGAGCCCCUCCCAUCCAUAGUGCAUGGUGUGUGGUGCCCCCAGGGCUCCAGGACAGAUCAGGCCCCAUCUUGUGUCCACCCCCACCCCCACCCCCGCUGUGAACGUGCCACUUGAAUAAAGUCGGGGAAACAAGG